UGUGAACUUUUGAUGGUGUCACUUGCCCCUUUUUGUUUUUCUAUUUUCAUAUAUUCUCAGACUAAAUGAUUAAUCGAUUAUCAAGAACAAUCUGUGCGUUAAUUAGACGUGUGUGUGUUCCAUACAUUCCCGUAUUGUGACAUUGAAUGGAUAUUUUCCUCUUUUACAUACAUACGGACAACAACAACGUUGAAAAAUGCCUCAACUCACAAUAUCAAAGGAAGUGGGGGGGAAAAAAAGAUCCACUUCCUGGAUCCACACCAAACUUUUAUGAAUUCUUCCCUGACCCUUACCACAUCCUUCUGUCACGUUUCAUCAUAAUCCCUCCACUAGAUGUUAUGUUAUGCUGCUAACUAAUGCACAAAUGCAGAUGGUAACCUAAUUGCAGAGACUGAUACACUGCAAAUGAUCAAAUUCAGAAAAACUGACCCCUCUGACAUCCUGAACUGUGUGCGCUUCCCUCCCCAGCUCUCCAUCACUAUGGCGACGCAGGUGUUGAUGCCCCCUGCGGUGUCGGCGUUCAUCUCCGCCGCGCUCUCCCUGAUCAGCUUGACGCUGCUGCUGCUGCUGUGUGUCAUCAGGAAGAAGCGGAGGAUGGAGGGAACAUACAGGCCCAGUGCGGAGGAGAGGAAACAGACGGGAGUGGCGGGAUCUGAGAAACCCGGCCUGCCUCUGCCGCUGCCGCUGCCCAAAGAGGAACGACUCAUAUGAUGGACGCGGCCUUGCAUGCCUUCUUUCUUCGGUCACUGUGUAAACCCGUGGAUCAAUUCCUGCUGGUUUCUAAUUAAGCGCUGUUGCUAAUCGCCUGAGAUUAUCUACGUUUGUAUUCUGCACCAGGAAUCUUCACAUAACACUUUGUGCUGCACCUUUUCAUCCCCGGUGACGACACACAGACUGAAUGGACUGUCCACUCCAGCGCCUGUUUCACUGCAUUAGAAGAGGGAAUAUGUCAUGAAUUAAUAUUCCCUUUUCUUAACUAGGUACUCCCUGUAUUCUGCCACAUGAGGGAUAUGAGCUUAAGUAUAUUUUGUAUUUGUACAGAGAUCACUGUAAGUGUAUAUUUAUAUGUAUAAAACUUUUCUAGAUUAAGGAUAUUGAUUAAAGACAAUGACUGUGAUGCACUUUUAAGUCAACUCUUUGGAGCUCAAUUUCAUAUUAAAAACUUCAAAAUCAA